AUGACUGCACCGCUGGACGCCUACGGCGUGCCGGGGCCGUCGAAAGUCACGCGAGCUGAAGUAAGCCGAGCGCUGACCUCGUGCGACGGCGACGUGUCGCGCGCAGUGGACGAAGUUUUGAGCCUCGUCGCCAUCAAGACGAUGCGCGAAGAGGAGCAGCGGACACUGGAGGAGCGCCGGACCCACUCGACGCUCGCGCUCCACGAGCUCUGCAGCAGUUUGGGACUCGACCACAAGAGUUCGUUCAUUGCUCUUCUGGAGCAGUUACCUGAUGCCGAGCGAGACGGUCUGCUUGCGACGGACGGCGCUUUUGUUCAGCAGGUGUUGCUGCGUCUCGAAGAAGAAGAAGGAGAAGAAGAAGAAGAAGGAGAGAAAGCCGAUGCUGCCAAUGCUAAUGCUGUAGUGGAUGCUGAUGUUCAUCCACUGCAGCUGCUGCUUGAGCUGUUUCCAGACUACAAAGUGGACGUGAUCGAAGACGUGCUGGACCGGCACCAGUACGACGUGAACAAAGCGGCCGAAGCGCUGCAGCAUUUGCACGCGUUGGAUCAUGUCCAGAGCUAUGCGACCGUCGUGAGUGCCGACGCACGUGCGGCUGCACGACACCGGGAGCUGAUUAUUAAUGGACCGGAUGUCGGGUCACUGGGACAUUUCCCAGCAUUAGCGACUGGCAGCAAGUACAGCGUGCCAACGCAACAGGCGAGAAACCCACUGAAGCAGCAGCGACGCAGAGCACACGAGCCGAUUCAAGUGCGGUUGCAUGACAGACCGCCGCCGAAACCUUUGCCUUUGUCGAUAGCGUUCCCGACGCUGCCAGCGCGUGAUCACGUGGGUAAGGGCAGCGAAGUGGCUGCGAACAGUGCGUGGGAUCAUCGCCACCGUCUUGAGUCGAGCAUUACGACGCAGCUGAAGCUCGAGCGGCUGAAGAAGUUACUGCCGAGCGUCAGCAGCAGCGUCAUUCACACUACUUUUAUUUUGAACGGGUGUAGCUCUGAUGUUACAGAGGCCGCUCUGCGUGAAGUGUAUAACUUGCCGCUCGUUGAACAGCAUUCUCCUCCACUAAGUGCAGCGAACGAAAUGGAAGCAGCAGCUGAAGCUGCCGAAGCUGAGGAAGAGAUUGCUGCUGCCAAGACAACUUGCAAGUUACGUCAAGGUGGACAGACUGAAAACUGGACGCUCGUUUCUAGCAAGCAUAAGGUCAAUGCAGCGCGAGAGAAACUCAGCAAUCGCUAUUGUGACGUUUUGGCGUCAUUCAGGCGCGGUCAACACGUUCUUGCAAGCGAGCGUAUUCGCGAAUUGAGCACGGCUCGUCGUGAACAUCGUGAUGCCCAGCGCCAGUGGGCUCACGAGUACUUUUUGGCGCACGAAGAGCAUCUCAAACACCAGCGGCCGAUCGAUCUGCAUGGCAUGAUCGUGAUGGAAGCGCUCUGGGUGGCUCGCGAAGCAAUCGAGUAUUGCCAGACACACCGCAUUCGCCGGUGCUUGCUGAUCUGUGGUGUUGGACAUCACUCGAUCCAUGGCAAGCCACGCAUCCUCACUGCGCUGCAGCUGUCAUUGAGCCGACGCCAGAUCGCAUCUCGCGAGCUACAUGGCGUAGUGACGGUGUUUCCACUCCGUUCGACGGAUUUGUCCUGA